CAUUAUUAGCACAUAACAGAGUUUCUGUGGCUACAUCAAAGUGCCCAGCAGACACGCACCUUCUUUGCAAUGCAGAGACUAAGCUGGCAGCCCACCUCCAAUCGCUGUCUGUUAAAGCAGUAAAGAGCAAAAAAGAGAAGUUCAAAACAUGUCUCAGAGGAAGACGACCCGGGUAAUAAAAAAAAGGAUCUACCCUGACUGCGUAGAAGGUCCCAAUUUUCCGUCACCCCCCAAAAGGUUUCAAAAGGGGUCGAAUACAACGGCCUCAAAAGGUCCUGUUCCACAACAACCAAGCACAGCCCUUGUCCAGAACAUACCUAAAACCACCACCACCACCAAAGACAACCUCUAUUCAAUGGACCUCUUUGCGAGCGAGAAACCAGAGCGCUCCAUUGACCUACCAGAGAGCCCUACUGAACAACCAGAGAGCUCUAUUGAACAACCAGAGAGCUCUAUGGAAAUGUCAAAAUCAUGGCAUCCGCCAGCUGAUGAUGUCGAUGAUGACGACGACGACAACAUAACACAGCUGUCAUCUGUAUCAUCGGCCACCCUGAAAACUGUUUUAACAGCGCCAAAGUACACAUCCACACCAGUGAAUACUGGCGGCAAGACACCUCGUGUCCGCACCGCAGCCAGGACUCCUGAAGGAUGCGAUAGACGCAGUCCCAUCCAUACUCCUGUCAGGACCCCACAGGGUAACAAUUUGAUUAUAGUAGUGAUCACAAUGGUGAGUGUGUUUAUAAAAAAAAAAAAAAAAAAGGCAUUUAAUUGCCUUUUCUACCCCACAGCCAGUACCCCACUAGAUAAUAUUUGUACAGCGGUGAUCACAAGGGUGAUUCAGAAGUGUGUAAUUUUUCAUCAACAACAAAUAUUUGCACUCCAGUUCAGAGAAUAUUUUUUUUACAUUUUAUAUCAGAGAUCUGAAUCCAAAAGCUGUGAUAUAAAUAAUGGCAUUGUUUUUGCAGAUGUCAGCAGCCGGCUUUCCAAAAUAGCCAUGGCUAUUAUCAAAAAACUGAGAUCAAACAAGACUCCUAGCCCUGAGAGUAAAAGAAGAGCAUCUGUCUCAAAAACUGUCCGGACUCCACAAGGAAACCGGGGCGGAAGUCAAAGGCCAAAAAACCCAAGUAUUCCAGCUAGGAAGAGGGUGUACGACUACCCCAUGAUGGAGAAAAUUUCAGAAGGUAGUUGUGGAGACCCUAAUGGCCAUCCUGGAUGAGUUAAAGAGCCUCAACUCUAGGGGAGAAAUCGAAGCUGAGAGUGGACAGUUGCCCAUAAAAACUCUGGAGACUUUCGACAUGAUGUCCAGGGAAAUUGAAGAGAAACAGGACGUACGACGGUCAAUGAUUGCAAAGCUGUCUCAUGUUGGGGGGAAGGAUGUGAAGACGUGUACCAAUAAGACCAUGGACAG